AUGGGUUACUACGCCGGUGGUCACCAAUGCAGCGGUGUCCUCCCUGCAAAGGAGACUGUCACACUGGCGGCCUCUGGUAUUGUUGUCACCAGUACGCUCUCGACGCCAGUGACCGUUUACGCCGAUGGGAUUCCGCUCAUUUGGGACAAAUCCGACCUCCCCAAGUCGACAAGUGUGUCCCAGACAUCGACAUCGUCAUCUUCAUUUGGUCCACCUUCAACUUCACCCCCAGCAAGUUCGAUGGAUCAUUCAGGUCAAUCUGGACUUGCAGAAGGCGCAAAGAUCGGGAUAGGA